AAAUGGGCCGGAUCGAUGAAGCCCACAUUGAAACCCUUACACAUUAAGCAGUUAUUUGUUUCCCUUGUCUCUUCACUUGGCCUUGGGUUUGAAACUAGAGCGUUUCCAGUUACGAGCAGAGUGUCUUGUUCUCUUCUUGGAUCCCCACAGCCUCAGUUCAAUCCUGGCACUGCAGGAGUCGGCCAAAUUUUGAUUUGGGAAUUGAAGGUGAAGGUUGAAACAGUGCAGCAGCAGAAGGAUUUUAAAAAAAUGGCGGCAGCAGGUGGUAAGGCAAGUAGAAGUUUGAAGAAAGCAGUAGUGAAGCACCCAGCCUAUGCUUCUUGGGGGAGUGUUGUUAAUGCCCAAGUCAAAGCCAAGCUGACACCAUCCUCUAAGUGCAACUUGGGUAAAUUUCUCGGGAUUCGUGAUCCUCCUGCCUCUGAUAUCUCCCAACUCAUCACCAGGUUCAUCAAGCUCAACAAUCGUCAGAACCCUGGCAUGAAGAAAGAUGUUCUUUCAGAGGAGAAGUUAAGGACCAUGUUGGAAGGCAAAGAGAGAGUUGGAGUUUCAGAGAUCGCUAAAUUGCUUGCCCAACAAUUUCCUAAACGUCGCUGAGAUUUCUCUUACCUUCUCAUUUUGUUCUUGCCCAAGCUUUCCAACCUCAUGCGCAUUAUUAUGAGAUUUUCUCCAUUUCUUUGUUUGAUAGAUUCUUAAGUCUUGAUGGAAUUAUCAGGUGUAGAAUUGGUAACAUCUUUUGAAGACCUGCUAUUUUAUGACACUAAAAUCAGUGGUCUUGUGCUGUGACUUUUCAAGUUUUUCUAUUGUGAAUAAAAGUGUUACCAUCACCA